AACAUCCUGGGGCUGCAGGGGAUCCCUCGCCAGUUUUUCCUGCAGGUGUACGAGACACUGCGCAGGAUCGGGGAGACCAGGGCUGGGGAUGCUGUGCUGGGGGUGUCCUGCCUGGCCGUGCUGGCAGCGCUCCGGGUGAUGAAGAGCCGCCUGCCCCGAGCUGCCACUACGGAGCCGCUGGCUGCCAGGAUCAGCUACCUGAUUGUCUGGACCACUGCCACGGCUCGAAAUGCCCUCGUAGUCCUGUUUGCUGGCCUGGUUGCUUACUCCUUCCAGGCAGUGGGCUCCCAGCCGCUCACCCUCACCGGCACCAUCCCCCGGGGGCUCCCUGCCUUCUGUCUGCCGCGCUUCUCCAUGGCGUCACCCAACGGCACCCUCUCCUUCAGGGACAUGGUGGAGGACAUGGGGGUUGGGCUGGCCGUGGUCCCGCUCAUGGGUCUGCUGGAGACUGUUGCGAUUGCCAAGGCUUUUGCCUCGCAGAACGGUUACAGGAUUGACCCCAGCCAGGAGCUGCUGGCUAUGGGCUUCGCCAACGUCCUGGGCUCCUUCGUCUCAUCGUAUCCCAUCACGGGCAGCUUCGGCCGGACAGCGGUGAAUGCGCAGUCGGGGGUCUGCCCCCCCGCCGGAGGGCUCGUGACAGGCGCCGUGGUCCUGCUCUCGCUGGCGUACCUCACCUCGCUCUUCUACUACAUCCCCAAAGCGGCGCUGGCCGCCGUCAUCAUCUCGGCUGUGCUCCCCAUGUUCGACGCUGGGAUCUUCAGGACGCUCUGGAGGGUUAAAAGGCUGGACCUUGUGCCCCUCUGCGCGACGUUCCUGCUCUGCUUCUGGGAGGUCCAGUACGGCAUUGUGGCGGGGGUGCUGGUCUCAGGGAUUCUCCUCCUCUACUCCAUUGCCAGGCCCCCAGUAAAGGUGUCAGAGGGGGACGUGCUCCUGGUGCAGCCGGGGAGCAGCCUGCACUUCCCAGCCAUCGAGGGCCUCCGGGACACCGUGUGCAGUUGUGCCCUGGCAGCAUCUCCACCACGCUCCGUGAUCCUGGACUGUCGUCACAUCAGCAGCAUUGAUUACACGGCGGGGGGGGGGCUGGGAGAGCCGCUGGACCCUGUUCUACAAGUCCUGCUGUCUGCAGACUUAGAAGGAUUCCAGCAUUUCCCCAGCCGGGAGGAGGCAGAGCAGUGCGGAGGAGCGGAGCCGGGGGGCAGCGGGACACCCCCUUCCACCAGCACCAGCGAGGCCUCACUGCUGCCCACGGGGCUCAUCCA